AUGGAGGAGAAAGAAAGGGGAGGGAGUGUGGACGAGGCACGGAGGAGAAAGAAAGGGGGAGGGAGUGUGGGUGAGGCACGGAGGAGAAAGAAAGGGGGAGGGAGUGUGGACGAGGCACGGAGGAGAAAGAAAGGGGGAGGGAGCGUGGACGAGGCAUGGAGGAGAAAGAAAGGGGGAGGGAGUGUGGACGAGGCAUGGAGGAGAAAGAAAGGGGGAGGGAGUGUGGACGAGGCACGGAGGAGAAAGAAAGGGGGAGGGAGUGUGGACGAGGCAUGGAGGAGAAAGAAAGGGGGAGGGAGUGUGGGUGAGGCACGGAGGAGAAAGAAAGGGGGAGGGAGUGUGGACGAGGCAUGGAGGAGAAAGAAAGGGGGAGGGAGCAUGGGUGAGGCAUGGAGGAGAAAGAAAGGGGGAGGGAGUGUGGACGAGGCAUGGAGGAGAAAGAAAGGGGGAGGGAGUGUGGACGAGGCAUGGAGGAGAAAGAAAGUGGGAGGGAGCGUGGGUGAGGCAUGGAGGAGAAAGAAAGGGGGAGUGAGUGUGGACGAGGCAUGGAGGAGAAAGAAAGGGGGAGGGAGUGUGGGUGAGGCACGGAGAAAGAAAGGGGGAGGGAGUGUGGACGAGGCAUGGAGGAGAAAGAAAGGGGGAGGGAGUGUGGACGAGGCAUGGAGGAGAAAGAAAGGGGGAGGGAGCGUGGACGAGGCAUGGAGGAGAAAGAAAGGGGAGGGAGUGUGGACGAGGCAUGGAGGAGAAAGAAAGGGGGAGGGAGCAUGGACGAGGCAUGGAGGAGAAAGAAAGGGGGAGGGAGUGUGGACGAGGCAUGGAGGAGAAAGAAAGGGGGAGGGAGCCUGGGUGAGGCAUGGAGGAGAAAGAAAGGGGGAGAGAGUGUGGACGAGGCAUGGAGGAGAAAGAAAGGGGAGGGAGUGUGGACGAGGCAUGGAGGAGAAAGAAAGGGGGAGGGAGUGUGGACGAGGCAUGGAGGAGAAAGAAAGGGGGAGGGAGCGUGGGCGAGGCAUGGAGGAGAAAGAAAGGGGGAGAGAGUGUGGACGAGGCAUGGAGGAGAAAGAAAGGGGGAGAGAGUGUGGGCGAGGCAUGGAGGAGAAAGAAAGGGGGAGGGAGUGUGGACGAGGCAUGGAGGAGAAAGAAAGGGGGAGGGAGUGUGGACGAGGCAUGGAGGAGAAAGAAAGGGGGAGGGAGUGUGGGUGGAGGCACGGAGGAGAAAAGAAAGGGGGAGGAGUGUGGACGAGGCAUGGAGGAGAAAGAAAGGGGGAGAGAGUGUGGGCGAGGCAUGGAGGAGAAAGAAAGGGGGAGGGAGUGUGGACGAGGCAUGGAGGAGAAAGAAAGGGGAGGGAGUGUGGACGAGGCAUGGAGGAGAAAGAAAGGGGGAGGGAGUGUGGGUGA